UGGAAGUGAGGUCUUAACAAGAAGAGGAGGAGGAGGAGAUUCCCGAAUUACCUGUCUGUAAAUACAACCGCUUCCUCUUGGCGUUUUAUUCUCGCAGACGAAAAUAUUGGUGGAGUUUUGAAAAGCACGGAAGAUGAUUUCUUCCAGGAGAAGCGAAAGUGACUGGCAAGGUUUGGUGAGCGAGUUCCUGGUGGUGAAGCGGAAGCUGGACAGUAAGAAGGAGGCCCUGUUGAUCCUGUCCAAGGAGCUGGACAGCUGUCAGCAGGAGAGAGACCAGUACAAGCUGAUGGCCAAUCAGCUGCGAGAACGCCACCAGAGCCUGAAGAAGAAGUACAGAGAGCUCAUCGAUGGAGACCCUUCCCUGCCCCCUGAGAAGCGAAAUCAGGUGAACCUGGCUCAGUUGCUCAGGGACUCCAGGGAGAGGAAUAAGCUGGUGUCUGAGGAGCUGAAGGAACUCAGUCAGAGGCUGGCCGAGGCCCAGGGGGACAACAAGCUCCUGAGGAUGACCAUCGCCAAGCAGAGGUUGGGGGACGAGGAGGUGGGGGCGCGACACUUCCCCGCCCACGAGCGGGAGGACCUGGUGCAGCAGCUGGAGAAGGCCCGCGAGCAGAGCGAGGAGCUGGAGCACAGCCUGAAGGGGGCGACGGACGAGCUGCAGGACGUGCGGGCGGAGCGCGGCGUGUUCCAGGAGAAGGCCGCGCGGCUGAACCGCGAGCUCAACCACAUCCUGGGCAGCCCCGAGGGACGCAUCGUGGACGUGGACGCGCUGUGCAUGGAGAACAGAUAUUUACAUGAAAGAUUUAAGCAGCUCCAGGAGGAGGUGAACCUGCUCAAAGGAAACGUUAUGAAGUACAAGACCGCUCUGGAGAGGAGGAAGAAUUCCAAAAUCUAUGGCCGGUCCAACAGCAGCGCCCUCACAGGGGUGCUCUCUGCUAAACAAGUCCAGGAGCUCUUGCUGUCAGAGGAGAGUGGUUGUAGUCUCCCUGCCACGCCCCAGUCCAUUUCUGACCUGAAGUCCUUAGCUACGGCACUCCUGGAGACCAUAUACGAGAAGAACAUGGUCAUCCAGCACCAGCGGCACACCAACAAGAUUCUGGGAAAUCGAGUCGCAGAGCUGGAGAAGAAGCUGAAGACCUUGGAAGUGGCAGGAUUAUGGAGUCUGCCAGGGCUCACCUACAAUGUGUCCGUGGGAUUUGGGAGGGGGAGAGAUGCCAUUAGCCUCGGCGAGGGACAGCCUUCUGGGUCUCCCUUAUUGGGCCUGGGCCAGGAGCCAGAGCCAAUGAGACUGCAGCAGCUCAAAGGCUGCGGGACAGGAAGUGACAUUGUGGCUCCGCCCAGCUCUCGCACUGGGCCUGAUGGGAGGGGUGAGGAGGUCGUCCCCGUUUGUCUGGAUGCUUCCGAGCGUCACGUGGAACGCCGGGGGGUGGAGCCUGUGUGGCGGACGGGACCACUCCAGGAGGAAGUCGAGGAGGCGGAGCUUCCUCUGUGGGAGCAGCCUGCGUCGCCAUUGGACAGUCCAUCAGAGCUCUUCCUGUCACAGGACUCUCCUACUUCAACUGAACCGGCGAUACCAUUGGACAAGCCCUCAGAACUCUUCCUGUCAGAGGCUCCUCCUACUUCAACUGUACCGGCGAUACCAUUGGACAGUCCCUCGAAACUGUCCCUGUCACAGGCCCCUCCCACUAUAACUGAGCCAGCUUCACCAUUGGACAGGCCCUCAGAGCUGUCCCUCCGACAAGCCCCUCCCACUAUAACUGAGCCAGGUUCACCAUUGGACAGGCCCUCAGAGCUGUCCCUCCGACAAGUCCCUGCCCCUGUAACUGAUCCAGCUUCACCAUUGGACAGGCCCUCAGAACUGCCCCUCUCACAGGCCCCUCCCACUGUAACUGAUCCAGCUUCACCAUUGGACAGUCCCUCAGAGCUGUCCCUCUCACCGGCUCCUCCCCCUGUAACUGAUCCAGCUUCAUCAUUGGACAGUCCCUCAGAGCUGUCCCUCUCACAGGCCCCUCCCCCUGUAACUGAUCCAGCUUCAUCAUUGGACAGUCCCUCAGAGCUGUCCCUCUCACAGGCCCCUCCCCCUGUAACUGAUCCAGCUUCAUCAUUGGACAGUCCCUCAGAGCUGUCCCUCUCACCGGCUCCUCCCCCUGUAACUGAUCCAGCUUCAUCAUUGGACAGUCCCUCAGAGCUGUCCCUCUCACCGGCUCCUCCCCCUGUAACUGAUCCAGCUUCAUCAUUGGACAGUCCCUCGGUACUGUCCCUCCCACAGGCCCCUCCCACCCCAGGGGAAGAUCCUUGUUCAGGCUCUGACCUGGAGGAGGAGCAUCAUUCACACCCUGCCCUAGGGGAGGGGUUUAAUGCAGACCCAGCAUGCACCAGUGCAGAAGUCUCCGCCUCUGAAGAAGCCACGCCCAGUCCCGCUCAAACCCACCAACCCCUGAGCGACAGCCACUCCCAUGGAGAGGAGGAGCCCAGCCAAUCACGGUGACCGACAUGGACGACAGUCGUGUCGCAGAGCCACGCCCCCUCCCUGCUCAGCCCAUCCAAUAGGGAAGCUCCCUGCUUGCAGUGAAAAGUGGGUCCCGUCUCUCUGGCCAGCUGAACUUCUCCUUCCCUGUGGCACUUAAGAUCCCAACUUUUCCAUUUUUUCGAACCACAUUUUGGAAAUUUGUGUGGGCGAGCCAGCAGUGCGAUCAGCAGGGAGAGAGAGCCCUGCCCCCCCCUUACUCACUGAUAGGACUAAAUGUGCAUAGAGCAAUACCAUAGAUAUUCAUGCAUGUGCACAGAAGGAUACCAUAGUUAUUCAUAGUGUGCACUGAGGAAUACCAGAUCAGGGGUGCUCAACUCCGGACUACGUGCUGGUUUAUGUUCCAGCCAAUUACCUUGGUUUUAGUUUUCUGACAGCUCUCUAAACUACACUGGUUAAAUCCUGCACUUGAGCACAUGAAAAUCUUUAGGAUACACUUGCAGUCUGCGGCUGCUGCUAGUGCUUAUACAAAUGUCAGAUCAAGAUGAUAUUGAGCUAAUUAAGUAAUUAAGAGUAGAAGUUGGCACAAAAUCCUGAAAUGGACUGUCCCUUGUUGUGCACCCCUCCCAUAGAUAUUCCAAGCGUGCACAGAGAAAUACCAUAGAUAUUCACACUGCACUGAGGAAUACCAUAGAUAUUCAUGCCAUGUACAUAUCUAAUACCAUAGAUAUUUGUAAAUGCUACAUUAACAUGUGAUUGUAUUUCCUAUGCUAGGCUUCCAUAACCUUUUCUAAAAAGGCAUUUUAAUGGAUGUACACAGAUCUCAGAGAGACCUCGAUAACAUUUUUUUAAAGGAUGAAAAACCUACCAGGCUCUUGGGAAGGACUGUAAGUGAAACUCAUGGGCGUGGGCGAGGAUAUUUUCUGUUCCACCGAACUCUAACUCAGCAAAUAAGCAGCAAUAUAAAA